CUAAUGCUGGCUGGUGGAGUGGUGGCUAGCUUUUUUUCAAGAAAUUAUCUUCUGAAUUUUCAGGAAGUGAUUGUGCUUGUAUUUCACAAACUGUGAUUCUGUAAGUGUUAACGAGAGCAUCAAAGCUGUCCAAAAUGACGGUGGACGGCGACGAGAAACCGGAACGCGAUCGCGUUUUCAUGGACAUAACGAUCGGAGGCCUACCGUCCGGCCGGAUUGUUUUUGAGCUGUACAACGAUAUUGCACCUAAAACCGCAGAGAACUUCCGCGCCUUGUGUGCUGGGGACGCCGGGAUUGGGAAAGUUACAGGAAAACCUCUCGCCUAUAAGGGUAUGCUCUUCCAUCGAGUGGUGAAGGAUUUCAUGAUCCAAGGAGGAGAUUUCACCAAUGCCAACGGAACUGGUGGAGAAUCCAUUUAUGGAGGCACAUUUGAAGAUGAGACAUUUGAGCUCCCCCAUGACAGGCCAUAUCUGUUGUCUAUGGCUAACAGAGGCAAGGACACCAAUGGCUCGCAAUUCUUCAUAACCACACAGCCGGCGCCUCAUCUCGACAAUGUCCACGUAGUAUUCGGAGCGGUGGUGAGCGGCGCGAUGCUGGUGCGGCAGCUGGAGGCGCUCCCCGUCGACCGCAACGCGCGCCCUCUGCAGGACGCCGUCGUCGCCAACUGCGGUCAACUUGUGCGGUUGAAAGCCAAGAAACGUAAGGAUAAGAAGAGUGAGGAAAGUGAAGCAGAAUCUGAGAAGUCGCAUAAGAAGGAAAAGAAACGGAAGAAGGACAAGAAAGAAAAGAAGAAGAAACGUCACCAAUCAGCAUCCGCUGACGAGGGUGAAAUAAUUGAACCCUCUCAUCCCCUCGUGCAGACCUCGAAAAUAGAUCCCCGCGAGAUCCCAGAGGUCCCCACUAACAGGUUCCUUAUGCGAGGGGGCAGGGACAACGAGAGGGAGAGGGAUAGGCCUGACCCUAGGAGGGACAGAGAGAGGAUGCGUUACCGUGAAAGGGACCGCCACAACGCCUACACCCGCAGCGGUCGGAUGAUCAAGGGACGAGGCGUUUUCCGCUACCGCACGCCUUCUCGCUCUCGCUCCCGGUCGCGCUCGGCGACCCCGCCACACUGGCGGCAGGCGCAGCGGCGCAUCAUCAAACUGUCAGAGUUUGAGCGAUCAGAACAGGAGCGCGCAGAUAGAGAACACCAGGAAGCGAAGAGCAAGCCGACCCGACCGGACCCCAAACAUACUCGAGAGCGCGCGGUGUCAGGCGGCACUCCGGAAGGUCCUUUUGAAGAGAAAGAAGAGGGCGAAUGCGACACUACUCUUGAACGUUCACGUCACGAGAGAAUCGACUAUAACGCUCUGGACUUCGAAGAGGAUAUAGAACAUGAUGAAGCGGCCGCCCUGGCUCCGCGCCGGCGCCGCUCGCCGCGGCCCGCGCCCGCGCCCACACGCGAGUCGCGCGCCGACAUGCUCGCGCUGGCGCUCGGCGUCGACCCCAAGCACGACCAGAGGGAACUGGACUCCCGCCACCCUCGCCGCCGCCUCGGCCCCGCCUCCACCGUGGUGGCUGCGGCCCCGCGCCUCUCCUCCGCCGUGGUCGCUGAACCCGUCCGAGCCAAGCACGCCCAAGGCCCAGAGGAGAGGAAACCAGCGGAUGGAGAAUACGAUCCAUUCUCCAUGCUGAGGAGCACCUUCCAGGGUAACAAGCCCAAGGAACCGCCCAGAAAAGAAGAACGCCCUGAACCGCGUCGCGAACGGCACCAAGAGAAAGAGAAAGAACGCGAACACAAGGAAAAGGAACAAGACAGAACAAAAGAGAGGGAAGAUAGGCGCGACAGGCACAGGAGCGAGAAAGACGACAGGGAAAAUCGCAAUGAUCGCAAAGACAAGAGGGAAGAGCGCAGCGAACGUCGCUCGCGUUCUAAAGAGAGAGAUAGAACUAGAGAUCGCAGUGAGAGAAAGAGAGAGAAAUCAGAUGAUAGAAGGAGGAAAGAUAGUGAGAGCGGUAGGCGCAGCGGAUCCCGUGAUAAGGACAGAAAGAUUGACAGGGAUAGAAAAAACAGUAUAUCCAAUGAGAGAGUGAGAAGGGAUACGGAACGCAGCGAGGAAGACAGGAAUAGAAAACGAAGCAAGUCCAACGAUCGGAGAGAUAAGAGACGUAGUUCUAACGAAAGGGACAGAAAGCGCAGCAGGUCCCACGAGAAGGAAAGAGACAGGAAACGCAGCAGGUCCAAUGAGAGGGAAAGGGAUAGGAAACGAACCAGGUCUAAUGAGAGGGAAAGAGAUAGGAAACGCAGCAGAUCCAAUGAUAGGAGAGUGAGGAGGGACACGGAGCGCAGCGGGACGCGGGAAGGGGAUAGAGAUAGGAGUGAGAGGAAGAAGCGAUCCAGAUCGAAGUCCAGAAGCAACUCGCCAUCGUCUCGGCGCGGCAAGCGCUCUGCCUCGGGGGGCAAGUCGCCGCAGCAUGAGAAGAAAAAGGAGGAGGAGCGGGACGAAGCUCGCAAAGAGCUGAUGGAGAUCGUGCGACUCAUCAAAUCGCGCCGGAAGGAUCGAGAAUCCAAAGCCCAAGAAGUACAGAAGAAAGGUCGGUCGGGCUCCUCCGCGUCGGACCGCAGCGCCAGCCCGCGCCGCCGGUCGCCGUCGCCGCGCCGCCGGCGCUCGCGCAGCCCGCGCCGGCGCCGCUCCGAGGACCGAUAGCGACACCGACCUUAAACUGUGACAUCUGAACAAGCCACGAUGACAACGCGACAAUGUUUGUUUAAAGGUCUCCCCACACUUAUCCAUGCUUUCAGCAAUAGCCAAUAGAAAAAAAGCUUCAUGUCUACGCAAUAAGGGCCGAGCCGAGCGACGUUUUCGUUCUUAUGCGGUCUGUACAUAAUAUACACUCGUCAAAAGCCUCUCGGUAAAACGUCAGCGCUCCGAUCCAAUCGGAGAACGGCGAGACGAGACGAGGAGGGAGCAGUAUGUACAGACUCGUGCUCGGCCUACGUACGAGUGUGUACAGCCGGCAUUAUUGUGUAAACGUAGACAUAAUGCUAUUUUGUAUCGACUUCUGCCGAUUCGGCGUCGAUAGGUGUGGGGCGAGUCUAAAUUAAAAAUUGUAGGUAUUCUAUGUUUAUUCUCGUAAGGCCCAAUGUGCAUUACAAGGUACACUCAGUUUUAAUCUAGAGUUAGACCAAGAAUAGUCUGCAG